CGCAGCACCCCACUCCCGACGCGGUCUGUGGCAAGGGAGCAUGAGCAGGAAGUUCGCCUUGUCUUUUACUCCUAGCCUGCGGCCUUCUGGAAAGUGUUUUCUCUCUCCGGAAUAAAGGGCUGCAGAGUAGCGAGGCCCUGGGAGGAUUGUCCUUUGAACUCCAUACAUCAAAAUGGCAGAAACUUCACAGCAGGAUGAGCUGGAAACAAUUGGGAAGCUGCGAGUCCAAGACUUCCUUCUUCAUUUCCAAAUGGUCAAACAAGGUGCCGAAGCCAAAAUCUACAGGGGCAAUUUCCUUGGAAAGCCAACAGUUGUGAAGGAAAGAUUCCCCAAAUCAUAUCGACACUCAACUCUGGAUAAGAAACUCACCAAUCGCAGGACUACUCAGGAAGUACGAUCCAUCCUCAGGUGCAGGAAAGCUGGUAUUGCAACCCCUGUAGUGUAUUUUGUGGACUACAAUACAAGUUGCAUCUACUUUGAAGAUUUAGUUGGGGCUGUAACUGUCCGUGACUACAUAACUUCCACUCACAGUUCUGCAACAGAUACAGCAAAGCUUUUUCCCUUGGCCGAAAAAAUUGGGCAGAUCCUGGCAAAGAUGCACGAUGAGGAUGUUAUCCAUGGGGACCUCACUACCUCAAACAUGAUGAUACGGCAACCUGGGGAAGAGUUGAGUUUGGUGCUGAUAGACUUUGGCCUAAGUUUUAUAUCUGCUUUACCCGAGGAUAAAGGGGUCGAUCUUUAUGUUCUGGAGAAAGCUUUCCUGAGCAGUCACCCCAACACAGAAAAUGUGUUCAAAGUUUUCCUUAAGAGUUACUCGACCACUUCUAAGAAGUCAGGCCCUGUGCUAAAAAAACUUGAUGAAGUUAGGCAGAGAGGGAGAAAACGAUCAAUGGUUGGAUAAUGAAAAUAUUUUUAUUUUCUCUUAACUUUUAAGUUGUUCAACUUUUUUUUUUAACUUUGUCAAACUCUGUUUAAAAAAAAAGUCUGAAUUCGAAAUUAUAUCUGUUUUUCAGAGUUGUGUUUAAAAUCCAUUGCAAUGGUUUUAUAAUUUCUCGAGCUAUUGUAAAUAAUAAAUAUUUAAGGGGUGAA